GGGCGGGCGCUGCCGGGUUCGCCGCAGGGCGGGGGUGGUUGGGGGCGCUACCGGGCCCGGGCUGCUGGUGCGGCCGGGCUGAGUUCACCUCGCCGGGCGGCGCCGUCUCGGGUCCUCCUUACCGUUUGUGGGAGCCACGGAGGCGCGAUGGCUCCCCCCAGGAAAGGUGACCUGAGCCCUGAGGAGAAGGACUUGCUGGGAGUGAUUGCCACAGGAAACACCGAGGAGGCUGGAAGGCUACUGGGCAGCAAGAAUGUCCGUGUCAAUUGCUUGGAUGAGCACGGCAUGACCCCUCUAAUGCAUGCAGCAUACAAAGGGAAAAUAGACAUGUGCAGGUUGCUGCUGCGACACGGGGCUGACGUUAACUGCAACGAACACGAGCAUGGAUACACUGCCUUGAUGUUUGCUGGACUUUCAGGAAACAAAGAAAUCACCUGGAUGAUGUUAGAGGCUGGCGCAGAAACUGAUGUUGUCAACUCUGUGGGAAGGACAGCAGCUCAGAUGGCUGCUUUUGUGGGUCAACAUGACUGUGUGACUGUCAUCAACAACUUCUUCCCACGUGAAAGGCUGGACUACUAUACUAAACCACAAGGCCUAGAUAAAGAACCGAAACUGCCAGUAAAAUUAGCUGGGCCUCUACAUAAAAUUAUUACGACUACUAAUAUGCAUCCUGUUAAGAUCGUGUUGCUGGUAAAAGAGAACCCUCUAUUGGCCGAAGCAGAAGCACUGCAGAAAUGUUACAGGGUUCUGGACCUAAUUUGUGAGAAAUGUAUGAAGCAGAAAGAUAUGAAUGAGGUACUUGCUAUGAAAAUGCACUACAUCAGUUGCAUCUUCCAGAAAUGUCUUACGUUCUUAAAAGAGCGAGAGGAUAAACUAGAUGGACUUAUCAAAAGUCUCUUGAAAGGGAGAGAUAAAGAUGGUUUUCCUGUAUAUCAAGAGAAGCUAAUUCGAGAAAGUAUCCGAAAGUUUCCUUACUGUGAAGCUACAUUGCUCCAGCAGCUUGUGAGAAGUAUUGCUCCUGUUGAAAUAGGUUCUGAUCCUACAGCUUUUUCCGUACUUACACAAGCUAUUACUGGCCAAGUGGGUUUUGUGGAUGCCGAAUUCUGUACAACUUGUGGGGGAAAGGGAGCAGACAAAAGAUGUUCAGUGUGUAAAAUGGUGAUGUACUGUGACCAGAACUGCCAGAAAAUGCACUGGUUUACCCACAAAAAAGUCUGCAAGACCCUGAAGGAAAUUCAUGAGAAACAAGAACUAGAAGCUGCCAAAGAAAAAAGGAAACAAGAAAAAAAGGAAAAAAAAGAUGCCAUGCAACUAGUAGAGGGUAGUUCUACAAGUGAAGAACAGUCGGAACCUGGUCCAGAUGCUACCAAAGAAGUGAAUCCAAAUCAUGCUACUGAGGGAACGGAAGAACCUGAAUUUACCAAAGAGACGGAGGCACAAGCCCUGCACCCUGACAGUCCACUGCAAAGUGAGACUGGCUUAUCUGACAUUGCUCUUCAAAAAAUUCAAGAUUCUGAAGAGUAAGAGGAGGGUAGGAGGGGACUAAGUGUUCUGGCUACGUCCCUGUACCUCAAGCGUCCUAGAGAACUUUUUAUGCUGACCAUGUCCGAGUUCUUUUGGCAUGGCUUCUGCAAGAGUCCCUCUGAAAGACAGCAUGUCUCUGCUUAUCUUGAGAUGAAAUGCUGGCUCAUUUGUCUAUAAAUUCUUAAGGUUCUGUUGUAGAUUGUCAACAUAGAUAUUUCUUAUCUGAUAAAAAUUAGAGUGGCAUAGAUCCAUCUGCAUGUAUACCACCAGUAAGCAUAGUAAAGAUCUAUGACUCUGGUUAAUCAGCCACUUGGUGAAAAAUAAAAAGCAUUUGAUUUGGAUUAUUCAUGUUUUCAGAACCUAAAAUCUAUUUUAAUCGUAAUUUUUGGAUUUUUUGCAAGUACACAGAACUGUAGUUAAAAGUGUUUGGAAGCCAACUAUUAAACUGGUUUUUUGACACCAUUUUCUGAAGCUUUAUCUGAAAGAAUUCAGUAGCAGUUAUGUUUCUGAAGAUGCUCAUCUGUACUGUAAAUAUUUUUGACUAGUGAGUGCACAACAAUAGUGUAUUUUGUGGCAAUUUUAUUAAAUGAUACUGCUGUUUCAGAUGUCGUAAGCUGACUGUGAAAUACGUGUUGCAACAGAAUUAUUUCACUAUUGGUCUGGUCAAAAAUAUUCCAAGUUUGUUAAACUCUAAUGAAGGGAAGACCAGAAUGAUUUAAAAUAUUUUGACUGACAAUAAUAAUGGUUUCUAAGUCGUAGUUUUCAGGUAAAGAUGUCUUAGAGCACACUGGGAUGGAUGUCACUGGUCGCAGUGAAUUAAAUGGGAAAAUUCAUGUGUGCAUUGACACAACUGGGAUUUCACUUAGGCUUUCAACUGAAUACUGUAUCUAGAAAAUAGCUGCCCUUAACUGUGCUGUUUUCACUCAGAUUUACUGCUGUGUCUCGUAAAAUCAAUGGGAACGCCAGAACUGAAAAUACCACUUGCUGCAUAAGGAUGGCAAAAAUUGAGAUAUGUAACUGUUGGAUGUUUUGAACAUGGCAAUAUCCUUCAACUUAGAGGAAUAAGGACCAUCCUCAGAGGAAAGAGAGGAAAAAUACUAUUAAUUUUUUACUAUUUAAUAUAUUGAAAGUUUUUGUUUAAUAUUUUGAAAACUGUAAGAACGAGGAUACAUAAAUGCACCUGUGCAGGGAAUGUACCCAUGUUUUAAUGUCAAGGAUUAUUAAACUGUAAAGAAUAAAGGGAAGUUUUUUAAAAGAA